ACAAAAUUCAAAGUUACGAUGGUGAUUGGCAGUUUUCCAGUGGGGAAACUCUUAAUUUUUGGCAUGAAACGGGUCAGCAAGCCAUUUGGCGAUCUCCUCAUGUGGAUGGGCAAGCAUCAUCCCUUCAUCCGGCACUACGUCAUCAUUCCGCCAGCGCAGCUUUAUAAUACCUUUGAGGUUAGGUCAAAACUUAGGAUGCUGCGAUUGAAACAACCCAGGCAGAUCCCACGUCUCUCACCUCCGAUCGCCACCAGAUUGGGCGCCGAUAUGCUGAGCGAGGCCUUUGUGUUUGGUAUAGGUCUCGGAUUUAUCUACUACGAGGUUUCAAAAACAUAUAAAAAGAAUCAAAAGCAAAACCAGGAAAUUGAGGAUCAGAGAAAAGCUCUAGAUAAACGCGUUGACUGUAUUAGUGCAGAUGUGGAGCAGCAGGAAAAGGAAAUUAAGUGGAUAAGGGCAGCCCUGAAAUAAUGCAAAUUUUAAUAAUUUUAUAUGGAAUUUAAAAGAUUGUUUAUCCCCUUGGAUCAAU